CUCAUGGCGUCUGAACUGGCGCAAAUUUGAAAACUCACAUUGAACAAAAUGGGUUUCCACUAUUGUACGGAUAUAUAAAAGAAUCCCAAUCAGUUUUUGGAGCUAGGAGUAAGUCGUCGAAACUUUUUUGUACUCGUGUUUAAAAAACCUAUGCUGCGCGCGAAAUUGUGAAAUUGUUCGAUAUAAUACAGUGGUUUUUGUGUAAAUUUAUUUGAUAGUUUUGGACGCAAGUUUACUGUUUUGGGAAAAUGUGGCGUAUAGUGUAUUCACAAACUUUUCGACUUUAGAGUGCGCCAUUUUAAUUGUUACACGUAUCUCAGAAAUAGCUUUGUUGGAAUUUCGCUUUAGCCAAUCAUGGACGAACACUCUCGUGAAACUAAACGAUACCCGCCUAUACUCUGUGGAAAUUUGAAUUUUAUAAGUUUUCUGACUUUGGCCUGUAAAAUUGGUGUUUCUUAUUCAUCGGACUGGCGUCGAAGUUAUAUUGUUUCAGUUUCAAGUACAAGAAAUGUUUUCAUUUCUAAAUAUAAUACUGGUAACUCAAUUUGUGACAGUAUGUAGCAAUUUACGACACAUUCCAGUCAUUCUUUCUUAUUGCGUUGUAGCAGUCGUGCAAACGUAACUAGUAUACAUGUUGAAAUAUUGAAUCAUGUUUUGGGUUUUAUAUUCUGAACAAACUUUGGUAACCUCUGGAUUAUUUGCCGUAUAUCUACUUGUAUAUUGUAAUAAGAGACCUCACCAAUUAGUUUUAAAAUAAUUAUCAAAGAGUAUGUUUGGAUAACAUUACAUCUUUUACUGCAUUUCGGUUUUUAUUGCCGGAAACGUUCAUUAGACAAGUACCGCAGAAUCAAUAACAAUUGAUUUUAUUAUUUUAACCACUAUGCUUGUAAGGCUAACUGAGAUACGUAAUAAAAUCAUUUAGUGAUACAACCAUUUUCAUAUUUAAACUUACAGUCACAUGUUAGUCAACUGUGAGUCUUCUUAAGCAUGUCCAAAUGUUUAUUACUUGGCGACUUUUAGGUUAUCAUUGUCUUUAUGUCAUCUCUUUUAGACUAAGAGAGCACUCUUUGAUGCUGCUAUGGAGAUCAGUAACUAGUCAGUGAACUAAUGUUCUAGUAUAAUUUUCGAUAAAUUGGUCAUAUUUCAUGUUCAUAGCUUUUUAUUAUUGGAAAUUAAUUAUUUUCCUUUAUUGAUUAGUGCCCAGUAACAGAGUAUUUGUUUCGAGGUAAGAACCUCCCGGUAGAUUUUCAUUUGUUUUCAUCUUAAGCAAUAGUCCAAUUAGUAACUUGAAACGUCGAAUAUCACUCAAAGUAAAAAUCAUUGUUGGUCAUGCUGUAGUUCGUUGUUAUGAAGCACUAGAAAACCACAGGGGGUUAUGCCUCAACUAGCUACCGUUAGCGCUUACAUAUUUGGUCCUUAGUUUGAUAGCAUUUCAACUCACCUAAUGGUUUUAUUAUAGCAGGUUUUUUACUUCGAAAGGAAAGCUAUCAUUCUUGAUUUUGUUCAGGGUUGUACUAUUUAUUAACUACUGUGCUCUAUAGAUAUUUUCGGAAGUAUUCAUUGGAAUAUUUUUGUCUUACAAAGGGCAGUCGAGUCGUUACGAAACUGUUCAAAUACCUUGAAACUAUACACUUAAAUGUAGGCUUUCAUAGAAUUAUCUCUAGCCUCUCUAUACGAUGCCUCUUGAAGUGGUAUUGUAAGACUAUCUUGAUUUCCAUCAUUAGUUUUCUUAGUGGAAGACGAAAUAUUUGGUGCUGGCUGUUUAUCGUAUUCAGUUUUAAUCUUGAUGGUUACUCUCUAGAUGUCUAUUACAUAUUUUGCAAUAAAUGAUUUUGUAAUUGCUGUUACUAUUUAGGUUGUAGUUAAGUAAUGUUGUAUUUAAAUUAAACGAUAAUAUAUCGGUGCAAAUCUGCUCACUUUUUGAUUCGUUAAUUCUUCAAACUAUUUGUAGAAAACUUGGGGUCACCUAUGUACUAUAAAGGUCAUUAUUGAAGAUAGUUUACUUCGUGGUUAGGGAUUUCAGGACAUGGCAUUUACCUAACGGUCGUGUAAACCAACACUUUUAUGGCAUUGCACUACUGAAGUUGUAAUUAAGGAUUUCACCGUUAUAUAGAAAUAGUGUUUGGGAUGCAUAGUGUAUUUUAUAAGGGCUGAUCAGAUUGCAAUUUCUGUUUUGAAUGUUACAAUGAAUCGUAAGAAGUCUGAGUUUCGCUCAUAUAAGGAAACGUAUCGUUGCAAAGCAGUGGACAAACUAUUGUACUGUACUUGUUACAUUACCUUGAUGGGGACAAUUGUUUCUUCAUGACCGCAACUUGUGGGUAAUGUUCUUUUUAAAGACAAAACCUAACAGUUGCAAUAAAUAAUAGUUGAAUUAGAAUUAGUUAAUCACAUGCGACGUAUAACAUAGCACAUGUGUACAUCCGUUCAAGUUACCAUACACUCUUGGAACAGUGAGACGAAAGUGUUAGCGAAGAUCUUAAAGUAGUAGGGAUAGUAACAAUAAGAUUAGACCCCCAAAUGUCCUGUUACGGUUGAGGGUGAGGAGAGUCCGCUCUCCCUCUCGAAAUGCUCUCACAUGGCCACGCGUAUAUCAUCCACUACCAAGGAAGUCCUACUCACCUCCUUCUCACGGUGGGUGUGUUGUUUAUGAAAUUGAAAGAACACAAAGAGAAUGUCCGGUGCUUUGACUGGCUGGUGGACAUGGAGGGUUCACCUAGAGGAGUUGAAAAACCCUGAUUUCAAACCAAUGGUGCACAUGGGCUUCAGUAUCCAGAGGGAACAAAUGGAGUAUGAACAUAUAGUUGGUCACCGGUUACCAUGGGACCUCAUCUCCUAGCGUUGCUCCACUGCCUUGUGGAUUAGACCUUCAUGUCAAAGGCUCCAGGUGUGGCCCCCUAAGACAACCACCUGCUUCGAUUUGGGCUCUCGGAUAAUAUCACAGUCCUUACACAAAUCAAUGACAACUACUACUUGCCUCAUUGAUAUUAAGUGGUGCAUAAGUGUUUCAGUCAGUCAGUCAGCUACAACGUAGGACCAGGCACAUAUAUGCAUCGGUCGAAGUUGUCGUACCUCAUUAACACAAGAUGGACACCGGAUUCAUAAAAGUAGUUAAUUCAGAGGUAGUAAUUUAUAGAAGAAAGAUUGCAAUAAGGAUAGAGUACAGGAAGAAAGAAUUAGUUCGUAGAAAGAAAGAUAUGAAGCGGUUUGAAUCUCUUAGUUUAAGGGAAUACAGAGAGUGUAUACACCGACGCCAUAAGUAUUUGGUGCCUCCUUGUACAAAUGUUUAUGUGUAUAAAAGAUUAGGCAUAAAAUAUAUGAUUCGAGAAGUAAACAUAGAUUGGUAGAAUACUGAGAAAGUCAUAAGGUGAUUUAGAAACACAGGAUCUAGGAGGAGACAAAGAGUGAAUGCACCUGAACUAUGCCGAACGAUUUUGAGUCUUGUCAUCCAAGGUAUUUAACGAUUGAUUAUGGUAAUCACACGAACCCCAGUGAGGUAGCGUGCGCUUGCCUACAUGUCUCAGUCCAACAGGCAGCUAAAUUCAAGUAGCUUUGUUUGGUUGACUGAUGCUCGUAUUUGGGGACGGUGAUUGAAUUUGAAAGCAAACUCCGUACCACUAAAAAAUCUAUAGCAGAAACAAAUAUUGCGCCCUGAUAGUUGUGCCACGCUUCCAUGUAUGCCUCUUCUCCAGAAGGGCCUAUUGGUCUCAUUAACUAUGUUUGGCUGGAAGGGGCAUUACGAAAGAUAGGGAGGAUAUGGCACAAACAUCAGCCUUUCGACAUUGUUACACUCUACAUCAACUUAAUAAAGAUGGACGAAUUGAAACUUUAGGGCACACAAAUAUCACUAAUUUUGUAGUAAAGAACUAAUAGAAAAAAGGAGUAAAACAGGUGGUAAAGGCAUGAUUUUGUAUAAGAAAAAGAAAAAGACGGGCAGAUUUCUAAUAGUAUCGUUCAGAAAUUCCAACUGAGUAUCUAGCUAAUAUGCUAAAAGUUGUAGGAUUUGUAAUUCUGAGUGAACGGCUGAACUGGUCAUAAUGAUUAAAACAGUUGAGUGUCAAUCCGCUUAUAUUUAUUGUGGAAGGCUUUCUAUGUCGGUGUUGAAAUUGAUCUUGGGUUAUACCAGCAUGUGUCACUUGUGGCUCAGUAUAGAUAUAUUUGCCUGUCAAUCAGGGAGUGAGUAUUCUGUCUAGCAACCUAGGCUGUAUUACUACGUGGUUGUCAGAUAUGAUCCUUGAAAAUAGAAUAUGUGCGUAAGCCGCAGGGUUUGAUCAUAGGUUUUUUCAAAGAAUAGCUCGGGUAUAAUGGAACAGCUGGCGGAGAAAUCCUAAAGUAAUAGUAGACACACAUGAGAAAUCGGUUGGUGAGGCAGUGGAAAAUCACAAACUGAGGUGUAUGGGAAAUGUGUAGCGCAUUCCCGGGUCCCGCCGACCUCGAGACUCAAUGUUGGCCGGAGUAAGGACAGGUUGGAAUAGAGUUAGGGGCGGCUUAAUGAAGACAUGAGAUCAGUGCAUGGAGCCACUGACUAUUAGACUGAAUAAUAAUGGUGGUUGGAAUCCGAGAGAUAACCAUGAUCAUUGCUUGAAGACACUGAGGAACAUGUCUCAGAAUCGGUUGCAACGUGGCCGAUUCAUUUAGUUCCCCCCAAGAUCUGAGCUUCAAUAUUAUUUUAUUGUAUUUAUUCUUCAAAUACAUUCCGUCUUUUAAAACAGUAUUUCCCAGUGUUUAAUCAUUUUAUCCAACCUUGAUACUACUAUUAUUUCGAAUUAUUCGCCAUCCUUUAUGUUAAUUUCUCACUGUUGUAAUUUCCUAUGAGUUGUCUUGAUGCAUGCUUGUGCCAGGCUUUGUAUUAGUUAUAACUAACUUCAUAACUGACCUGGAAACUGACGUUUCCGAUUCCUAGUGAUAUGAAUACGUAUCACUUAUGGAAAGAAAAUAUAGAUCUAGAUGUUACUGCGAAUGAUUUCAACAAGUCCUCACCAGUUUUUGUUAUCCAAUAAGUUCUGAGUAAAAGCCCAUACUUUAUGUGGCAACUCUGACCGAUAUUUAUUUAUCUAGUUAUUUAUUACAUUACAUUACAUAAUGUAGUUGUCGCGGAAUUAAAAGAUUCAUUUUAAAUGAUUUCAAUAUGUCAGUUACUUAAGGCUAUUAUCAGGUUCACCAUAUUGCUAUGUUUGAUGGUAUGGGAUUAGGUUGGGAGAAAGCUAGUGACGGAUAAACCAAAACCUAGCAUUCGUCCAUAAGAUGAUUGAUUGUUGGACUGAGCCCGUUUCAUAAGUCCAGACUACUUGGUUAGGGUCCGUGCGAUUCUCGUUGCAAGUGAUAGAUGGUAUAAAACUUUGGUUAGAAUCAGCCACAAUGACGCCGAUGCACUUAUUGUUUUGUAUUUACUUUUCCUUUAGCGAGUUUGUUUUUAUUAAGUCAUUAUGUUCGAACCUAGUCUUUUCUGUUACCACUGCUACUGCUACUAUUCUGAUAUUUGUCUUGAUAAUUUCAUCUCACUGUACUGAUGUUGUAUGAAAACCUGAUGUGCGACAUGUGUCAGUUUACAAGUUACUACUCACUGAGUGUCUAUUGCAAAACAUAAAAUGUCUAAUAUGGAGUUGAAAAUACGAUAUUAAAAGAUGUGGGAUAUUUUUGUUCCUGACUGCAGACACCUAAAUAAUUUGUUUUGCUUCUGCUUUGUGUUGUUAUGCAUUAUCACUUCACUUAAACUAUCUUCUCACUUUUAUCACGAGUUUGUUGAAUAUUGGUUGACGUGGUAUAAGUUGCUAGUGAAAUUUAGUAUGAUUAUAAGAGAUUGAGACAUUUAGCACCUUAAGUCUAAAUAUCUGGAAAGUAUUCUGUUGAAUAAUUCUAUUUGCUGGGAUAAAAAUCAAAUGUUACUCGACCAUAUAUACCGUUUUGUGUACUAGUUUUUAGGUAACGCCUUUUCAUCGGAGACGCACAACCAAUUAAGGCUUUCCACACCUUUAAAUAUAGAUUAGGAUUUAGAUUUGUGAACCAGGAGUCAUGUACACAAACUACUAGUCUACGACUUGAAAUAUGCUUGCUUUUUAUAGAUUUCCAUUCUGAUUGCAUAGACUCAGUACAGUUGAUCACAUGUUCUCAGUCUAACUGUUUAACAUUCAUCUUCAGGAAAGAAUAUAAUUGGACAUCAGAAUACGAAUUGAUGAUCCGUAUUAAUCUCUAUCGAUCCAAUUUUUGGUUAAAUUAUACUAAUCUAACUAGAUUUAUGGAAUGUAAUUUAAGAACAUUUUUUGUUCAAAUUGGAAUAUUUUCUAUCCUAUGAAAAUGCUUGGCAUAAGUCAAAAUAUCAUGUUCUAUGGUGAUGAGGCUAGUUUAUCCUUGCAAAAUAGAGAUUUUUUCACUAAGGAUUUUUAAAGCUUAGUAAGAUAACCUCUUUGAACAUUAAUUACAACGAACUAGGUAUCCGGAUAUCUGAGUAAGUAAGACAGUCCUGUCAAAAUAUGUUUUAUGUAGGUAUCUAUCAGAAGUGUACUGAAAGAUAAAAUUUGAGGUACACCAUAAAGUUAGGGAUUCUCUGUCUUGUUACUUAAUCAUUAGCAGUGAUUUAACAUGUGUGCAGUUGAUUAAUGCAGAAAUCGGUUCGGGUUUUCUCAAGUUACUUUUUUGGUUCUUCUGGUGACUUUUCUUAGUCACGAUUACUUCAAACUUUAUAAAAUUGAUUAACUAUUGGAUAUUUACUACUCGCUUAUCACGUUUUGAUUAAGAUACAUAUGAAGCGAGUCCCACCAGUGCGAUUUAUUGUAUGAUAUAGUCAAUGUAAAGUACAGUUAAUGAGUCACUUUUAUUGUGCUCGGUGGAACAGUUGCUAUUAUGCUUCAUUAUUUGAAAUUUGUAAUGCUUUUUCAUUUUAAUUAUUUUGAGAUAUUUAGUAUACUUUUCUCGCUAAAAAUAGUUUUUAUUCUACUAAACACUUAUUUUUGAAUGACAUUUUUGGCUCAAAUAUGUUUUCAAAAUUAUAAGCAUCAUCAUAUAAAUAAUGUAUUUAGUUAUUCAGGUAUACUCAGACAGAUACGAAUUGUAAUGUUCAAGUUACUUGUACUUGAAAUGAUUAAGGUUUACACAGGUACAGGUGUUGGUAAUUGGUUUCUUAUUUUUCUUGGGUUACUUUAUUAUACUUUUGCCAAGAAAUUAAUAUCAUUUCUUCAAUCUUUUUCGUUUAAAAAUAUGUAGGUUCACCUUUCGAAAAUGUGUGAUGUUAUGCCCACUAUAUCGGAGGACGGUAAUUCAAGUCAAGGAGAUCGAGACUCACAAGCAAGUGGAGAGGGAACUAAUGUUGAAGAUAUGCUAUUGAGUAUAUUGGAUGAACGUGACAGACUAAUGGAAAGUUUACAUGAUGCACAAGAUCAAUUGGUAUUUACACAGAAUAGACUUGCGGAAGCUGAGAGAGAAAGAGAUGUUUUAAAUAGACAGUUAUCUGAAAAACUUCCUGAAGUGAGUAAAAUUUCCAGCUUCGUUAUUUUUUUCAACGAAUAUCAUUUAAAACUUUGUAACUACUAUUACUACUUCUACUCUAGCAUGUCCCUGUCCUGAUGUGGUAUGACAACGUGAACCAAUGCACAUAUGAACUAGGUUCCACACUAUGUAGACUGACUAGCUAGCUGAAAUCUCAGUUAUUCGGAUCGAUCUCCCUGGCUUACAACUAGAAUUUCGAGAGUUAAUUUCAGGAGUUCUAGUAUAAAGUUGGGACUAUCUGAGUUCAGCCUUGUCAGGUAUGAGGCAUUUAAAGUGGUUACACAAUGUCAUGAAUUGAUUGAGUUUUCGACAAGUAAACUAUUUGAUAUCAACUCAAUAGUCUAGAGGUUAGACGCAUUCCACUAGACAUAAAGGCCUUAGGUUCGACCUCUGGUUCGAUUGUAGAUGGACAUUGUUAAUCAGUCUUAUAAUAAGAUGAAUCAACUGUCCAACAUUGUCUAGUUUUCGUUAAGUGUCUAAAGUCAUUACGUGUUUUAAAUUAUGAAACCAAAAUUUCGUUCAUUUAUAGAUCUUGAUUAAUUUUUAUUCUGUUUACUUUGAUCUAUAUGAUUGAUUAAUAUCAGUAAUUUAUUCGGUAACUUAGCAAUAUUUCAUUUGAUCGAUAAUACACCAAAAAGAAAACCGGAAAACUAUUACGAAUAAAUAAGUAAACCUACAAGUAUACAUUACACAAUAAAUUUUAUUUUUUUAAUCAUUGAUUAGUGGCAGCUAUUCAGUACACUUGAAAAUGACCUAUUCAAGCAUAUAUAUA